AUGGUAGUGAGGAAUACCAAUACGGUUGCCGCUCCGAAUGGAACGGUUAAGAGGGUUCGCAAAGCGCCGGGAACCAACCCGUCAAAGAUUUGCAAGGCCGAAGGUUGUUCACGCCAGGUUCGCGCUGCUGCCCGUUACUGCAUCACACACGGUGGAGGCAAUACCUGUGAGUAUCCUGAUUGCAAAACGUCCGCUCGUCAUGGGAGCACAUUCUGUAUUGCACAUGGUGGUGGUCGAAGGUGUCAAAAGCCGGGUUGCGCCAAGAGCGCUGUCGGUUCCACCAACUUCUGCAAGGCCCACGGUGGAGGCAGACGAUGCACUUAUCCCAAUUGUUUCCGUGCUGCGCGUCCUGGGCAACCGCAGGCGUGCAUGAAACACGGAGGGGGUAAAAGAUGUGCUCUUCCAACAUGUGAUCGAAGUGCUGCAGCUCGCAGUAACUUCUGCGCAGAACAUCUCUUCAUUGAUGGUACUGAUCCGGCUGAGAAGAAGAAACCCGGCGAGAAAGGAAAAGGCAAAGAUGCAGAGAAGAAGAAGAAGCAAGAACAUGCUAUGGAAGACGAUAUAGCCUGCAGAGAUUUGCUCCGAGGAAGAAGGGAGCCCACUUUCUUCGCUACCAACAUAACUGUGCCGCCUCUGAACGUUUUCCUUGACGACUUUCGUAAUUACGAAGAUUUGGGACCUCCUGUCCUUUUCACGGUUGACCAGUCAGACAUGAUAUAUAACACGUUUGACGACGAGGAGGAGGAGGAGAAGAAGGAAGAUCCUUUGAAGUAA